UCUCUGCCAGCCCAGACAGAUCGAGUGAGGAAGAAAUAUUUCCACAUAUACCAGGCUGGUCUUUUGCAGUUUCUCAGUCUGGCUGUCUGUCGUUGUUUGAAAUCUGUUUCUCAUGAGACCCUUCGGAAAUGCAGGUGCAGGGGCCUGGGGAACAGCUGCCAUCCUCAGGGCUGGGUACCUGCUCUCCCAAGUCUGUCUCGAGGCUGUGUGCGCAGACAUGACCAUGUUUGGGCAUAGAGGCUCGUCCCAGAUGAGGACCAAAGGCUGCUUCCCUGGAGACGGGCUGGGAGGCCAAACUUCCUGCCGGAGUUCCGCGGCCUCUUUUGGGGUGGGGGCUGGGGGCCAGGCAGAAAGAGACAUCUGCUGGCCGAAAAUCUGCGGGGCACCAGGGAGACUAAAUGACUGCUGCCCCCAGUGGACAUGGGGAAGAAGCUGGUGAUGGCCCAGAAGCGGGGAGAGACUCGAGCCCUUUGCCUGGGUGUGGCCAUGGUGGCGUGUGCUGUCAUCACCUACUACAUCCUGGGCACGGCUAUGCUGCCCCUCUUCCAGAAAAGUGUGUGGACCCAGGAAUCCACGUGCCACCUGAUUGAGACUAACAUCAGGGACCAGGAGGAGCUGGAGGGCAAGAAGGUGCCCCAGUACCCAUGCCUGUGGGUCAAUGUGUCAGCUGUGGGCAGGUGGGCUGUGCUGUACCACACGGAGGACACACGGGACCAGAACCAGCAGUGCUCCUACAUCCCACACAGCCUGGACAACUACCAGGUGGCCCGGGCCGACGUGGAGAAGGUCAGAGCCAGAUUCCACGAGCACCAGGUUUUCUACUGCUUCUCGGCGACUCGGGAGAAUGAGACCAGUGUGCUGUACCGGCGACUCUACGGGCCCCAGGCCCUCCUCUUCUUCCUCUUCUGGCCCACCUUCCUGCUGACCGGAGGCCUCCUCAUUAUCGCCAUGGUGAAGAUCAACCAGUCCCUCUCCAUUCUGGCGGCCCAGAAGUAGACCCGUCUAUGCCACACCACGCCCAGGCCACAGGGCAGGGGUGGGUCCCCAGGGCUGCUCCCCACUUGCACCCCCAUGCCUCCUCCACCUCCCCUCCCACCUCCUUCAACUCCAUCCUGUCUUCUAUUGCCUGUUUGACCUGUGGGGAAUCGCUCUGUUAAGUCUUUUCCUGCUCAAGAAUGUGCAAUGGCUCCCUAGUGCCUUGGAGGACACAAGGCUGGCCAGUUGUAGCUCUCCAUUACCUGUCCCUGGUCAACUGACUCAUACCUGUUUGCUACUGUGUCACUGUAUACCCCACAGACAAUGACAAUUGUUGCCUCUGUGCCUAUGAUCUCCCUGUUGGCUCGAAGGGCUGCCCGUUCCACCCAAGAAGCUGUCCUUGGCAGACCUCAGUUCCUUCUUCGAAUUCCAUAAUAAAAACAACAGCAGCUC